CUAAUAUGCGACACUUCGUAUUGUAUCACUAGGCAUCUCCGUCACUGCAUGGUACGACGCUAUCCAAGAACCAUAUUCUUACUGGUCUUGACAAACGCACGAUACCAAUGCCUUUGUCACCUCAAUCAGCAGAGUCUUUACCAAGCUCAGGGCGUCAAUCAUUUGGCGUCAAUUCUGUUUCUGAAUUUUUGGCUCAGUUUCCUGUCCCUCAAGGCCUUCCAUCAAAAUCAUGGCAAGAUUUACCAGUUACCUUUCUCCAUGAUAAUGAAAUCGCUUUGAUUGACCCAGAAACGUCCAUGGAAGAGGCAAGUUCAAUUCUCAUUGAUCGUGAACUCAGUGCGCUUCCUAUUCUUGCCGCCAAGGGAAGUAACGAAAUUGUUAGUACAUUUGACUACGCCGAUUUAAAUGCUUUUUUGUUGAUGGUUGUGGGUUUUGAUGAUUUCAAUGAUGACAGAUUUAAAGAACUUGCUGAGAAGGUUCGUGCUGGAAACGUCGUUACAGCAUACGAGGUUUCUCUUCUUGGAAAAAGUAAAGAUGUAUUUAUGACUAUUCCACCCACAACUACUCUCGGAGAAUUGGCAAAGACUUUAGCUAGUGGUAUUCGUCGUGUCGCUGUCACAAAUGAGUCUGGCGAGUUAAGUUUCAUGGCAUCUCAAAGAUCAAUUAUUCGUUUCCUUUGGAACAAUAUCCGUGCGUUUCCAGAUUUAGAGCCUCUUAUGGCUAGAACGAUUCAUUCCUUGGAUAUCGGUAGUUGUGAUAUAACCUGCAUUUCAGGGGAUGAAAAAGUUGCCCUUGCAUUACGCCAAAUGAACCAAACAGGUAUUGGUUCCCUUGCUGUUGUAGAUUCUCAAUUCCGCUUACUAGGAAAUAUUUCUUUGGUCGACGUCAAAUACGUUACACGGUCUUCGUCUGUUUAUCUCCUGAAUAAAUCUUGUGCCCAUUUCUUGAGUGUUAUUAAAAGUGAACAAGGCAUUCGUGCUGGUAAAGACAGUGCUCCUGCCUUCAAUAUUUACGAAUCCUCUACGUUUGCCUUCACAUUGGCUAAACUAGUUGCUACACAAUGCCAUCGUUUGUGGCUUGUACAAUCGCCUUCAUGUCCUCCUUCCCCUAAAAACAAUUCUCAUUUCACUAGCUCUAGUGGAGGUGUGAAGGUGAACCAGCUACUCGGAGUUGUAAGUUUAACGGACAUCAUUUCCGUGUUGUAUGCACAUAUGAAAGGUACCUUGAUUCCUCCUCCAGCUUCUUCUCAUAGACAUGGACGUCGUGGCAGUACCAGCAGUCAUCGAAGCCAUAGUAAGGCAAGUGGUGAUAUCAGUAUGCGUCGGUGAAUUGCAUGAAUAUUUUGUCUAACUUAUUUCCUCUUUCAAAUGGAGGGCUUCGUUUCUGGUCUUACCUUUUAUUGUUUCCCAAUGUGACUCAUGUUUCCAUAUUUAUGAUGGUUUUGAUCUGAUACUAAUAACCUUUGCUGGGUAAAGUGAACGUUUGUAUCUUUGGCUUUCUAAGUCGGUGCUUUAUCCUUUUGAAAAUUAUACAACUAAUGUUUUUGAUGUUGAUUAUUGGAUUUUCUAUAUAUAAUUACUACUAAUGGAUUGUUUCCUGUGGUUAAAUUUUUAGACCGAAGAGAAAAUUUAUCCGAUAUCAAUUUCUUCUAGGCCACUAGUUUGGUUUUUUUUUUGUUGUCAAAUAUUGGUAGGUCUUAGAAAGUAACGUCAGUAAAUUUACGUGUAUGACUUUAGUCGAAGAAAUGAUCAAAAAAAAAAGAUAUCAACAGUUAGACUCGAUCUAUAACGCUACCUUUAAAUAGUAAUUGACACUCAUAAUAGUAGUUAUACAAUUAGACCCACAUUUUAUGUU